UGUGUGGCAUGCUCCCGCAAUCAGCCGGAUAGCCCGAGAAGUAGGUUAUGGAAUGUUUCAAUUGAUCCUAGCCACACCUGCCGUCUUCCUUGUCUUGAUCUGAGGGAGAUCUCCUGCUGCGCAUCCGGCUAUUUGGACGCGGGAGAAGACAGACGGAGACAGGACCGCGGCGGCGAUCCGUACACCAGCCUUAUGCAGCUCCGCGACAAACCUGUCUCAUCUCGAUUGUCUACGUCCCCUACAACAGAUCAGUGUAGCGUCGGGCAUCGUUGA